AGUUCAUAAACCGAAACGUCGAAGAGCGAGUUGUCUCGUGCUCUAAUGUCACGUGAUAGUUAAAAUGGCCGAUGAAAGAGAACCACCCCCAUUUGGCGAAGACGAAAACCAAAAAGAUGAAGACGACUUGUUUGCAGAAGCUAGUGAGAGCCAAGAAAAUGAAAGCACGCCAGAAUCAGAACCUCAAAAAGUGCCAAUAAAACCAGACGUUGAUUUAUUUGGAGAUGAUGAAGGAGAAGAUGUUGCGUUAGAAUCAGAUGAGGAACCCCCAAAGGAAGAGAGGGAAGACAAGAAUGAUAUAUUUGAGGACUCUAAGCCUGUGAUGGCUCCAGAGCCUGUCAUUACCCCUCCCGUCAAGGAGGAGACACCCAAAUUACCAGUCACUCAAAGCUCAACCGCAGUGGAACCAAAAGUGACCAGCAGAAAAAGUACUGAUCCUCCUGAACCAGAGAACGAGUACACUAUAUCCAUCAAAGUGGCAGAGCCUCACAAGGUGGGCGAUGGAAUGGGGGCCUACAUGGUGUACAAAGUCAUAACAAAGACAACCAUCCCUGCAUUUCGCCGAGCUGAGUUGUGUGUGACCAGGCGAUUCAGUGAUUUCUUGGGCCUCUACAGUAAACUCCAUGAGAAGCACAUCAAAACAGGAAUCAUUGUCCCCCCUGCUCCAGAGAAAAGUGUCUUAGGUAUGACAAAAGUGAAAAUGUCAAAAGAAGAAUCUAAUGCAGCUGAUUUCAUACAACGAAGAAGAGCAGCAUUAGAGAGGUACCUAAACAGAACAGCCACUCACCCAGUCUUGCAGAUUGAUCCCGAUUUCCGAGAAUUCUUGGAGAGAGAUGGAGACCUUCCUAAAGCAACAAAUACAUCAGCCCUGAGUGGAGCAGGAGUGCUAAGACUCUUCCACAAAAUGGGUGAUGCCGUAGAAAAAAUAGCCUUCAGAAUGGAUGAAUCUGAUGAGUGGUUUGAAGAGAAACAGAACCAGGUGGAGAGCCUGGAGACCCACCUGAGGCGGCUCCACACCAGCAUGGAGACCCUAACCCAGCACAGGAGAGAAUUGAGCAGUAUGACGGCUUUGUUUGCCAAGAGUGCUGCCAUGCUCGGGACAGCAGAGGAGCACACGGCUCUGUCUCGAGCUCUCUCACAGCUUGCUGAGACUGAGGAACGCAUAGAGACCGUUCACGCCGACCAAUCAGAUCACGACUUCUUCAUCAUGGCUGAGCUGUGCAAAGACUACGUGGCACUGUUGGGAGCUGUAAAGGAAGUGUUUCACGAGCGAGUGAAAUCUUACAAAUCUUGGAAGGAGGCGGAGGCAACUCUGACCAAAAAACGAGAAAAUAAAGUCAAACUAGAACUAGCACGCAAAAUGGACAAAAUUCCUCAAGCUGAAGAUGAGAUUUCAGAGUGGGUGAAUAAAGUGGAAAAAGGGAAGGACGAUUUUGAGAAAAUUUCCAAAGCCAUCAGGAAGGAGGUUGCCAGAUUUGAUAAAUAUAGAGUGGAAGAUUUCAAAGACAGUGUUGUAAAUUAUCUGGAGCAGCUAAUGGAGAACCAAAAAAGGAUAAUGAAGUGUUGGGAGGCGUUCUUACCGGAAGCCAAGGCCAUUGCUUAGAUUUAGUGGAUACCGGACUAUUUAACUUCUAUUAUAUUUGAAAUGCUUGAUGUUGCAACUGAGAUUACAUGAAUAGGAAGUUUGUGCAGUACAGGCUGGUAACUGUUAGAUGAGAUAGAUGGACUGCUAUGUGCAAUAAGACCACACUGGACUGACAGAGUGCCUCUCUGUUUGAUACUGAUUGGUGACCAUACUACAUACAUUCCACUGGUCAUUGACAGGCAGUGGCUUACUUUGUUCUAUAAAAACACAAAUUUUAUGUACAAUAAAUUAUUAUAUACUGGU